AUGGCACCGGGAGAGCGCUCAGAAGAAGUCUGGCUAUGGUACACGGCAGUAUACGAGGCGAUUCAAGAGGUGCCUUCCGGCAAGGUCACUAGCUAUGGUCAUAUUGCAAGACUAGUAGGAAAGCUCGGAGUGUGUCUCAAGAACCUGCCUUCGCCAUCGACCGAUAGCAGCAAGAAGAGUCCAACGUUCCAUAGCCGCAACGUGCCUUGGCAGCGCGUGAUCAACGCCAAAGGCGGCAUCAGUCCGAGAGGACCGAGCGCAGCGGCUCAGCAAGCAGAUGCGCUGCGCAGGGAGGGGGUCGAGGUCAGCCAGGAUGCCAUGGGGCAGUAUACAGUGGAUCUUGGGAAAUACGGCUGGUUUCCUGAUGUCCUUCCCAGCGAGGCUGGCCUAGUCGAAAGUAGCGACGAGGAGGAUGAGGAGGAGGCCGCGUACCAUACAUAG